AUGAGAGAAAAAACGGUUAUUGGCGAUUUACGAGCGAUCAAAAAACGGUUGCAGAUUUGGUGGUUUCUCACCACGAUCUUCGUGGAUGAUGAGUUUGAUUUUAAUGGUAAUGUGGGAGUUGAUCCUGUCUUUUCGGCCACGUUCCCCUGUUUCUCCAUAUCGGUUGGAGUCCGAUGUGAUGGUUUAACCUCUACGCAAACAAGAUACUAUAAAAGGAGUUUACAAACAAGAGUUUGGAUAUGCUUCCUUAUAUCUUUCAUUGCAAAAAUCUUGUUAUUCCCCCUCAGAAUUUACGAUACUCUAAACAAAAUGACAGACAAUAUUAGGCGUGCUAUGCAAGAUAUUGAUCUUGGUAGUGAAGUGGCGCCAUUUGUUCUCCCUCAUGCGGUGGUUCAACAAGCAGCGGAAGAAAACCGUUUCAUUCUUGUGGGACGCCCUACCAUGCCGAGACGUCAAAACAUUCGUGCCAUCAUCGCAGCAAUGCCAAGAAGUUGGGGAUUAGAAGGACUUGUUCGUGGGCGAACAAUGGAGGGACGACGUUUCCAAUUUGUAUUCCCAUCAGAGGAAGCAAUGGAGACAGUUAUCAGACGCGGACCUUGGGCCUAUGCUGACAGAAUGAUCACUCUUCAGCAGUGGUCUCCCCUGAUGGAUAUGAAUCUCUUGAACAAGAUCCCUUUCUGGAUUCAAGUCAGGGGCAUACCCUUCCAAUUUAUGAACCGUGAAGUCAUCAUUCAUAUUGCAAGGGCUCUUGGUGAAUACAUCCAAAUUGACUAUAAUGAAGAAGUGGGGGGAAGAAUGGAGUUUGUGCGCAUCCGGUUGAACUGGAACAUCAACAGCCCUCUGCACUUUCAGCGUAACUUCCAAUUCACACCUGGAGUCAACACCUUACUCAAACUACACUACGAAAGACUUCGUGGUUUCUGUGAGACAUGUGGUAUGAUGACUCACGACUCUGGCCGGUGCUUGAUCCAAAACGGAGGCCCAGAAGAGGAUCCUGAUGAAGAUAAUGAUGAUGACAACAACCAAGGACAAGAUGAUCAACGCCACCAUGAUAUGGGAGUUUACAUUGAGGAGAUCAAUGAUGAAGGUGCAAACAUGGGCGCUCAGGAUGACAUUCCGGAAGAGCCAGUGAUGCAGGAAGCAGAGAUGCCUGAACAGCAAGUAGAAGAAACGGUUGAGAAGGAAGAUGACUUCUGGUCUGGUGAAUCUAUGGGUACUAUGUAUUCUGGUGAUUUGAACAUGGAAGAGAUGUAUGCAAGCAAACCAUUUGUUCCAAGGCAUGAUGGUAGUCAAGUUCUCAAACGCAAAAUCUGGAUGAGUGAAACUACAGACAACAAAAUGAAGUUUUCUGAAGAGACAAGAGGGGAACGGAGCAGUCAAGAUGGCGACAAGAGAAAGAAGAAGAUUGUAUCAGAGGAGAUGAAAGGGGCUGGAACGAGUGAAGGUCCAUCCAACAUGUGGAGAGGCGCGGUGGGCCCGGAACCACCACUGCCUCCAUGAGAGUAGCCGCUUGGAACUGUCGAGGGAUAGGUAAAGACUCGACGGUUCGACGCCUGAAAGAGAUACACUACAAGUAUCUCUUGGACAUCAUCUGCCUGUCAGAAACAAAGCAACAAGACAACUACAUUAGAGACUUAAGCUGCGAUCUCGAAUUCCCUAACUAUGUAUCUGUUCCUCCUAUAGGCUUAAGUGGUGGUCUAACCAUCUUUUGGAAGCAAGAAGUAGAUGUAACCGUGUUGUAUCAGUCUGCUCAUCUUAUUGAUUGUAAAGUUAUCUUUAAUGGAAUCAGUUUCUACUUGUCUUUUGUCUAUGGAUACCCUGAACGUCAACACAGACACCUGUUAUGGGAAAGACUAGAACGCAUAGCAGUAAACAGACAAGGACGUUGGUUUAUAACGGGUGAUUUCAACGAAAUCCUAAAUCACAAUGAGAAAGUAGGAGGCAAUGCGCGAUCAGACAUCAGCUUCAACGAAUUCAGACAAAUGAGUCGGGUUUGUAACUUCACUGACCUUCAACCAGUAGGCAAUAG